AACCCGACGAAUUAUAUAAAAUAACAAGUACCUAUGUAACUUCAGCAAGUACCUCUACCUGUAACCUAGACCUGCGGCGGCUUGACUUUAUAGUGGAGAACUAGCGGGGAUCCCCUGCGUAGAUCCCUGCAAAAAUAUCUAUUCCACUGCAAGGCUACCAAGGACCUGCCGCCUAUUCAACGGGAAGCAGCAUUUGGUAACAAUCCAAUUGAUUCACUUGCAAACGAUCAACACAUCGCAAAUACAAUUACUUCUCCCAUCGAGCCGCAGAACAUGACUGCGCCAACAUGAAUCUGCUGCUUUCCGACGACUACCUACUCCAGGACUAUCCUGAGAAUAUCACCAACACAAUUCGAUCAGGCCAUACAACAUGCUUACGAUUCAAUCGAAAAGGCGACUAUCUAGCUUCGGGUCGCGUCGAUGGCACCGUGGUGGUUUGGGAUUUGGAGACGAUGGGCGUAGCGAGGAAGUUGAGAGGUCAUAGAGCGGCUAUAACUUCGCUUAGUUGGUCUAGAUGUGGUCGUUAUCUGCUCUCCGCCUGCCAAGGAUGGAGAGCAGUUCUAUGGGAUUUGCAAGAUGGGACCAGGUUUCGAGAAGUGCGAUUCCGUGCGCCCAUUUACACGGCAGAUUUACACCCCUGGAACCACCAAAUGUUUGUGGCAUCCAUAUUCGACGAACCCCCAUCGCUAGUUGACAUGAGCGGCCCGAGCGACGUCAAACACACACUCCCUUCCGCGCCGAAACGUACCAAUACCGACGCUGAUGCUGCGACUAAAGAGAAGCAAGCGAAAGAAGAUGCAAAACAGAUGACUACGGCGACGGUAUGGACAGCUACUGGAGAUCAUAUCCUGGCGGGUACAAAUAAGGGCCGUUUCAACAUCAUAGACGCAAAUACCCGCGAAAUCAUAUGGUCGGAGAAGAUAUGUAGUUCUGUGGUAACUACGCUACGCUUAACAGGAUCCGGACGUGAAUUGCUGGUAAACUCUCAGGAUCGUAUCAUCAGGACCUUUCAUCUACCGAACCUCGCAGCAGAGGACCUCGAUCCCGAUACAAUACAGAUGCCACUCGAGCACAAAUUCCAGGAUGUCGUCAACAGACUCUCCUGGAACCACGUCACGUUCAGCGCCACUGGAGAAUACGUAGCAGCGUCUACAUACAACAAUCAUGAGUUAUAUAUAUGGGAACGAAACCAUGGCAGUCUGGUCCGAAUGCUAGAAGGUCCUAAGGAAGAGCAGGGAGUCAUCGAGUGGCAUCCUCACAGAGCUGUACUAGCCGCCUGCGGGCUCGAAACUGGUCGUAUCUACAUUUGGUCUGUGACCACGCCGCAGCGCUGGUCGGCAUUGGCACCGGACUUCGUCGAGGUGGAGGAGAAUGUCGAGUACAUCGAGAAGGAAGACGAAUUCGAUAUUCACCCCCAAGAGGAGAUCAACAAACGCAGACUAGACCAAGAGGAUGAGGAUAUUGACGUAUUGACUCUCGACCCAAGUAAAGGGUACGAUGAGGAUAUCGACGGCGCGGGAUUUCGGAUGCCAGUUCUAUUUAAUCUGGGCGAGAGUGAUAGUGAGGAGGAGUUCGUGGCAGUAUCAACAGGUACCGUACGUCGUAGGAGCUUAGGCGAGGCCCAAGAGGGCGAGACUCCUGACGAAGAGAAAGUAGCUGGAGGUAAGAAGACGGCUGCUGCGAAGGGUACAAGAGGAAGGAAGAAGUAGAGUAGCAACGGUCUCUCAAUACCAAAAGAUAUCCUUGAUCGUAAUAAAAAUACGUCAUGAAAAUCUCCUCAAUCAUCACUAUGGCUAUAGCAAUUCUAUAGCAAAUUUGACUGGCUGUAUG